AGAGCCGUUGAGGAGAGAGGUCGACGAAACUAGUUGGGAAUAUUUUCUGAACAUUAUCAGCUGAUUUGAGGAUACACUUCGCUUGGUAUUAAAAUUUUAGUAGGACAUUGCCUUUGACCUUUAAUUCAGUUAAACAUUCAAUUCAAAGGACCAGUAUAUCAUAUUUAUCUGGUGAUGCGGAGUAUGGGAGAAGGUUUUAUUGAUGCCCAUCGUAGCACUUGUUAAUGAAGUGCUAUUUAAAGGAGUUUUAUUUGUGAAGCAGUUUUUAGGAUUAACACUGGAAGUUUUGUCAAUGCCUGGUGCAUUAAUGUUAGAUCGUCUGCCAGUGGGCUUGGAGGUUAAGAGGGCGCAGUUCAAGCUGGAUUUCCCCGUGGUUGGUCGGCCAACACUGGACACACUGGCUUCCCCGUGUCGCCCAGUGGCCAUGCCUAUCACCCUCUCAUCCCCGCCAACCAAGCGGCUUAGGAUAGAUAACGGGCCAGUCGGGUUACCGCCGAAACUGUGUCUCUUCAACACGGCCCCUCCGCGGCAGGUCAAAGCAAUCCACCCAAGCGACUUGGCCAACAAGAUGAACAGGGCCAAGGGACCAAUCUUACUCGAUUGUAGGUCAUUCUUAAACUUUAACCAGAAUCAUAUCCAAGGUGCUUUAAAUGUGACAUGCACGGACAGAUACAAUAAGAAGCGGUUGCAGCAGGGAAAAAUUACUCUAGUGGAUUUAAUCAGUUCCAAGGACGGCAAGGACUGUUACAGGAAGAAACAUAUGUUAAGGGACAUUAUUGUGUAUGAUGAGGGUACGUCUGAUCUCAGCUUGGUGACGCCCACAGAGCCUAUGCAACUCAUUGUCCAAUCUUUACUCAGGGACGGGAAAGAAGUGACAUUUCUAAAAGGUGGCAUUUCCGACUUCAAAAAGCAAUACCAUAGUCUUUGUGAGAACGCCUUAAAAUCCCAUCCACACUGCCCCCUCACACCCCUCCAAAGUCCGACCAGCAGCGCCAAUGAACCUGAUAUUGAAACUGCCAAUGCAUCUGCUGUUCUCAAAUUCCUUUAUUUAGGUAACGAGCGUGACGCUGCCAACCACCAGUUACUAAAAGACUUCAGGAUUACAUAUGUGUUGAACGUUACAUCUCACAUUCCGUGCUACUUUGAAAAUCAGGGCAUCAAAUAUAAACGACUUCCGGCGACGGACUGCGGGCAGCAAAAUCUUAGACAGUAUUUUGAGGAGGCUUUUCGAUUCAUCGAAGAAGCCUAUAAAAAUGAUGGCAAUGUCCUCAUCCACUGUCAAGCUGGCGUGUCAAGGUCAGCCACCAUGACCAUCGCUUAUAUCAUGAAACAUACGCAUCUCUCAAUGAUUGACUGUUACAAGUACGUCAAGGCCAGGCGGCCCAUCAUCUCACCAAACUUUAACUUCAUGGGACAACUCUUGGAGUUCGAACAAUGUCUAAACUCAGGAAAAAUACAGAGAACCAUAGAGCCAAUACUGCAGGGAUCGGAAGCUAACUGUUGAUGGAAACGAAAGGAAAUUGCCGACAAAACAUUCCAUCCUGAUGUGACAAACUGUUGGAUUCAAAAGACUUCCACAAAAUGAGGAAUAUGCUCUCUGCUUGUGACUAUCAUCAUCAGACACCAAACCUUCUAUCGUGUGGGACACGUGACUGUGUACCAAAUCUGACGUUAUGAAACUGUAAGUGGUGCCCCCUAUUGGUCAGUGGCGCCACCUAUAGAACCACCAGUUGUCAUGGCAACGCGGGUAAAGAUAAAUUGUGGACUUAGAUUUGCUCAUCAUUCCGUCUCAAUGACUAAAUGAGUGUAUAUGGAGACUUAAGAUAUCAAAAGUGGCAGCGUGGCUGCCCUCAUAUCAGAGAAAUAAGACUCUUUUUCUACCAAAUUUACGACGCCAUUUAUAAACUUAGAUCUACAAUACAUCUGUUUAUAAUAUGCAAGUGGUCUGCAGCCGACCUUUCUACAAUGCCAUGGGAACAACUUACAUAUCGUUUGGAGCAUUUACAGGUGCCAUUUUUAGAGAUAUUUUUGUACCAUGCAGUGUCAUCUAUAAAAUGCUUAAUUUAUGAUAUGUACCACCUAUAGCUGAAGGCAGUAUGGAAUAGAGUCAGAAAAGCAUACCGAAGGCAACGAUUUAUUAGAUAUCAAUGGACGUAAAACAUAAUCAUGCUUGAGAUUGGCGGCAAAAAGUAGUCAUGUUUCCAUAGUGGACGUGAUAAAAGUCAUGUGAUUCAGUGUUUUUUUCUUCCACAAUUAGGGAAAAGUCAUGUGGAGAAUCUUUACUGUUGACGCUAACUACUUCCCUUUCUGACAUGAGACAAUUUCUGAUUUCCUGGGUUUUCUCCAAUUUCGUUUUAUUAUGUCAUGUCUGUGAAAACCUUUUCCGAAAACAUAAAAAAUUAUCGGUUCAUUUCCUAAAAUCUUUGCUAUCAUGCAUCACGAUCGUGGGGUGUUCAGGAUACAGUCGUUGUAGAGAGGUUAAAAAAAUUAAGCGUUACGUGUCAAUACAUCUCUAAACCUCUCUGUUAAUUGCUACGUAUCUUAAUUACUGAAUCACAGACUUAAUAACUUGUACAAUCCUCAUUAACUCAUUAGAGUUGGGAUAGAUUUUUUCUCACUCCAAAUGACAUCCUCUCAAAGUCAAAAACAAAGGCAAGUGCAAUAUCAAUUGUUUGAUGAGGUACCAAUUAAUUUAUUCAUAAUGUGUCACCGAUGGCGCUGAAUAGGCCCAUCGUGUCAUCCAUCAUGUUAAUGCUUCCAUAAGAUCUCGGACUUGAAGUGGCAGAGAGGUUAAGCUGUAUUUGCCCGACGAAGGUGCAGCCCAUACCCCAACCUACAGCAGCUGGUCUUUUGUCAUGCUAAACACAGUCAUCAAACUCUCAAAGCAGACGAUGCUUGAUAUUUCGCAACAAAAGAUCAUCUGCAGCCAUUGUCGGCCUACACGCUUUUGGGCGAGUUGAGGUCAGGUUUGGAGCGUGUGCACAGAAACUGAAAAGUUAAGCUCUGGGCGCAAAGGUUGGGCAAAUGCCAUUAUUGGUGACUGCUAAUGGUCUAUCGAGUAUUUGCCGCGUGAAAAACAUUUCUCAUAGUGUGACCUGUACGGCAAAAUGAACAACCUUGGUCAGUAAUGGAUGUCCACUCGAGCAGAAACCAUAUAGUGACGGUUAGAUCAACUGCACUCGUUUAUCAUCAAUGUAUAUAUGAUGAAGUCGACUGGAAAUGAUUCUGAUGAACAUUCAAUUAAUUUUAUGUACUAGUACUUUCCUGGGGAACGAACGCAGUCACCUUGUGUUAGUCACCUCUUUGAUAUGCCGUGUCUAGUUACAUACCACAUGACCUUCUAAGCAAACACGGACAUUGGGUUCACGAAUUCAUUAAUAUCCUUUUCGGUCACUCUCACCCCAUCUUCAUCAAAUUUAUUCAAAAUACAAGAUCCUGGUUGCGUUUCCUUGAAGAAAACGAGUUUGGGUGAGAAUCGCUGACUCAGCGAAAUCCCUUGAUCGGCGAAGAUCUUUUGUUCCCAAGGACAAGUACCUGGAUUGAAUUUCCGUUGACGAAUCUGGAUUGGUAAACAAUAACACAUAGGGAGAUUUCAGAGAAAUUUUCCUAAUUUAUUCAGGGCAACGUUAUCAGACCAAAUUUGGCACUUGUUUACUGAAAAUAUCUAACAGAUCACGUGAGUUAUUUUAUAUUUUGUUAAAUAUCUAUUCAUGGUUAUGAGAAACAAUAUCUUCCAUACAUAAGUGUUUAAUUAAUUGAUUAGUUAAAAGUUAAUUAAGAUAAAUUCAGGGCUGAGGCAUGUGAACGUCAUGCUGAAAAAACCGUACAUUAAAACAGUCAAAACGAGGCUGAGCUAUUUUUGUACUUUAAGUGUAUUUGCUGGAACUGAUGGACCAAGACAAAAAACGAUACGUAAUGCUUUAAGUGUAAAAGAAGUAUUUUGAUAAUGCUAAAGCCAGAAGUAUCAAAAAUCGGUUGUUGUGAAAUAUAUCAAUGAUGACUUCAUGCUAUUUCUGUGACAGACAAUCCGUUUAGUAAAAUCUGCGGGUUCAGAAAGCAAAGGUAACAAGCCUUAACUGUAGAUAUAAACAUCCAGAUUGUUCGCAAUCUUUGGUAUAUGAACGCACAUGUUUUAUUGUGAUGACGUACAUGUACAUGUACGUACGUUUAUUGUACCAAAAGUGGAAUUCACAGCGGCCUUAGAAGCAUGUACAGUAAAUGUAAUUAGAAUAUUCUAUCUAUCUAAUAUAUCGGUCUUUUUAUAAACUUGACUACAGACGAUAUCAAGGUUCAAGGGAUCAGAUAGAAAAUAGCCAAUUUGACCUUGCCUUGAUCCGAUCUAUUGUUUCAGGCAAGUUUGCCAAAAUCUGCUGUGCAUUUAUGUACCUUAGCAUGUACAAGUACACAACUGGUUCCGCCAGCCUUGCCUGAAACCAACUCCCUGGUGUCACUGACCUGCGCAGUUUCAAGAAGCGAUGAUUCAUACGUAUUGACGUUGGCUCGGAGCACAAAGCGACUUGCUUGGACCUGUUGCUGGCAUCAAUAUAGCGCUAUAUCUCUGAUGGCGCAGAUAGAAAGAUGAUGAAAUCUCGACGUGUUACUUAGUCAUUGUUAACCCCUUUUCACUGCAGCAUCUUAUUCAUAUGACAAUUUCGAUAUUCAAUUGAGUUACAAUUACUGGAACAUUGAGGCAGUGACACCAGUCUUUUAGAGUGACAAGACAUUCCAUAUUGGAGCAAAAUCAUGAAAUUGGAAUGCAUCUCGAAUUUGACUUUGUCUAAUAAUGAUUUAAUUAUUGACAGUUUGUAACUUGUAUUUGUGAAUGUGCAAUAUAUAAUCAACUAGAGUGACUUCCAUCACGAGGUCAGACUAGAAGUUUCUAUGUAAGAGUUCAUGUACAUGUAUAUAGCGAUGAAGGUUUGGUGUUAAGGUUUCUUCCGAGUGGGCAAUAGGCCCUUUAAUGACUUAGAAAAUGACAUGAAACCCUUCAGAAUCUCACAAUUGAGGGUAUCUGUGCAAUUGAUUUCUAGGUUUUCUGGACAAAAAAUAGAACGGACUUAAACAGGAAAAAGUUAAGACUUUCUUAAAAGUUUAAAAGAGGUAUUGAACGAAGGACUUUGAGAGGUGGAACUGUAAGAUUGAUGGAAUUACAUGGCUUCUGAAUUGGCCUUAUUAUCAGGGAUUUAGUGUAUCUAGUGAGAAAUAUGCAUGAUUAUUUUCAUACCUAGUGGCGAGGUUCUGGUUGUAGCAUAAGGGGAAGCCGUGUCUGACCGGAGUACCGAAUAUGCCUUAUACUAUGCACUGCUGUAAUCGUACACAAUGUUAAAGAGAGGAGUCUUUUGUUCAUAAUAUAAAUAUCGUGUGUCCAAAUGUUAUUUUUGCAGUUUUCUGUGGCAAUGCUAACCAGGAACAGCAUCCUGGGAUCCAGAAUGUCUAUGUGGUUUACGUCAUCAGAUUUCGCAUUCAAUUUCAAAAUCCCGUUCUCUGAUUGGUUGAGACGAAUCACGUCAUUAUGAUUAGAUAAUUCAUGUAUUCAUCAGUUGUAAAUUAUUUUUUUGUACAUCCAGGCUGUAUAUUUGACUUCAACUAUAUUCAAUUUUGUAGAAUUAGACAUUGUGGUUUUCGUAUUUGUAAUUGCACCAUAAAGACGACCUUAUGAUUGUAGUUUUAGAAUUUUAGUUUAUACACCGGUCUGACGUAACAUAAUUGUUGUCAGGCUUGCCUUGUUUUUUUAUUUUGUAGAAUUGUUUUCGUGUUUUCGUGACAGGAUUCUGACUGAAAAUUCUGCAUGAUUAAAAUGCUUUUAUUAAUUGAAUAAUGUGCUGUGACAGUGUCUGAGUGUUGUUCAGUCUAUCGACUGGCAAUUGUGGAAAGUUCUUCGUUCUAGUUUUAAAAUUAAACCAAAAACAUUUUGUGAGACACUUUCAAAUUCUGAUCCUUUAAAGAGUAAAUAUAGUUUGCAGCAAUUUUUGAUAAAUGAUUUUAAAUAAUUUGUACACAGUUAAAUGUAUCUCUGCUCGGUUUAGUGGACAUGCUGGUGGGGGAUUUUCUAAAAGCAACGCAUUGAUUUCACUAUCACAGCUAGCUAAUUGUUUUAGUUUUGUUCAUUUUACACAUGUACUUGGUCUUAUCGUAAAUAUAUAUGUAUCUUAAACUGGUCUCCAGUGCCGUACAACUAUAACUUAAAAUAGUUAUAUAUAGGAAUAAAACUAAAAUGACAGACAGCCUAAGCAAUUAAUGGUUUGAAAUAAGAUUUUUUUAGUGGUGAUUGACACCUCACAAGUAAUUGAAACUUUUAACUUAAAUUUCAUUUUGACUUCUUGGGCUGUCGGCCGUUUUAAAUACAGUUGACCUUAUUUCACUGUCUCCGUGUAUUAUUACUUUCGGUUUGUGUAUCAAGCAGUGCAUUUUGUACUCAUGUGCUGUGCAUCGCACACUUCCUCGUUUCCUCUCCGUACUAUGUAAAAAACAUCUCCACAUUAUGUACUGUAUGUAUAUCUAAAUAUUUGUACAAACUUCAACAAUUGUUGAAAACCUAUAUAUACAUUAUUAUAUUUAUGAUGAUAUGACGAAAGAAUAAAUCUAGUCAUACCUACA